GUUGUUUCCGAUUGAAAAUAGACGGAGCUAGAACGUCAAGGGCGUAGUUCUUUUACGAUCGAAGUAAGUUGUAGCUCUGAAGAUGGUGCAGUACAGCAGGUACAACUAGUAGAUCAUGUUCCUUCACAAAAAAAGAUGAUAGAUAGAAGAUAGACGAAAAUAAAUGUGUGCAGCUGCGGGGAAGCAAACUCUCACUCCCGCUUGUUGUUUUGUUGAAAUAGUUUUCAGCUGCGAUGCAAUUCCAUUUGCAUGAUAUGCAUAGAUAUGCUUCACCCUUAUCUUGGCACUUCGUCAAAAAGAAGGAAAAAAAGUUUUGACUAAGCCCCGUUUUGAUAUUUUUACUGAUCUGACACAUCAUACCGCCAUAGUUUCACAAAGAAACACAGUCUAGUCUCACUAGACAAUAGAGAAAGAGAAACCGCAAUAAUCAAGAUGGGACAAGCGCAGAGCAGUAGCACUAUUUCGACGUGCCCGACCACAACGACGGCAAGCACCACGACAUCAUCCCAAGGAGGCGCACAACAACAACCCACGGCUACUUUACCACCUCAUAGCGUAAUUAUAGUCGAAUCCCCCAUGCAGCGCAACCUGGCCCUAAUCCAAGGUAUCAUUUCCGCCUCGCUGUACCAAUCUGGCGAGUUUAAUGAGCUACGGGAAAAUACAAAGCUGACGUUUCAGGUUGAAUUUAAGGACAGAGCCCUGCCGGAAAACAGGCCCCUUUGCGAAGCUGCAUUGGGUACUAGAAGUUAUGCAUGGCACAAGUAUCGUACUAGUACAAAUAGCAUGACAAAUUUUAGCAAAAGGAAAAAUGGAGUUUGUAAUGCUGAUUGAGGUAAAAUGGUAGAUCUGUCAUGCAAGACUGCCAUUCAUACGAGUACGUUACUUUUGCACAGGAUAGAAAUUCAUCUUCUGGAGCAGGAGUUGUGGACCAAGCUGCGACCCCCGGGGGGGUCGUGAUGAACUACAACUCGAUUGACGAUCCGAAAAAGUACCCAGUUGUGUUUUUGUACACGUUUUGCCCACCUGCUGCUGCAAAUAGUGAUGCCGGAGCUCCUACGUCUGCAGCCUCGACCGGCGGCGGUGGAAGUGGUCCUGGUUGCUUCAUGUACCACCCGUAUGUAGCAAGUGACCCGACGGAGAGAAUGUUGCUGCAUCAAGCGAUUUAUGCAGUGCAAAAAUUAUAUCGUACGUGGUAGUAAUUGUUGUUAUGCAUCCAUGACAAAUCUCCUAUACUAAGCCUAAGGUAAAACAGCAUUGCAAAUUUCAUUUGUAAUGCUAGUAAAGCAAAUUUGUAAUGCACUGACUACUAGUACGAUACUUUUGCAACGCAUACGAUUGAGAGGAGGGUGAAGGACAUUUUGUGCCGGGAGCCACACUCUUUUGCGGUAAACGCAAAUUUCGCGGCGCGGGUAAAUUUGGUGUGCGUCGAUGGGGGGGUGAGUGACAAAUUAUGUGUGACCGAAACGAUAACUGUACAGAAGUUUGGGUAAAGAGAAAAGGACGACCACGCCCACGGUGGGUUAUGAUAAGUAUUAAACCGCUGCAGCAUAACAGACCAUCUUUACAGACUGAUUUUGAAGCUGAUGAUGUCAACAGGAGAUAAUUUAUGCGAAGAAGUAAAUUACUUACGACGAGGACUACAAUCAAACACAAUGGGUUCAAUGUAGGAAGGAAAAGGAAAGCAAAAAGGUAGUUGUACCUAGCUGCGCGGCAGCGAGCUGUUUUGGUUGAUUUGUAGAAUUUUUCUGUUUUGAUCAAAUUGGUGGACAUUUCUCGUUUCGCUUUCACGACAAAAAAUCCAAAAUCAUGGUGAUUGCUGCUGUUUACUGUGGUAAACCUUUUCUAAAAAUGAACACAUAUACAUCUACUCCGAAAACGGAGCCGC